AUGCCACCUGAGGGUCACGAACCGGAGGGGCCUUCCCCAGGCUACGACCCAGCUGCGGCGGAGGGAGCAGCAUGCCGGGGGGGGGCGUUGGGAGGUGACAUGAGCAGCAGCAGCAGCACCAGCAGCACUGGCGGCAGCAAGACGUCCCCGUUGUUGUCUACGGUCGGCAGUGUUUGGGGUAGUCCUGUGCUGCCAACAGCUCCGCUUCUAGGGACAGAGCGCACAUUGCUUAAUGCGAAGAAGGAGAGGCUGUCGCGAGGAACGCGCCUGUUAAUGCCCUAUUGGGCAGUGCGGCAGGUCGUCAUUAACCCAGUAACGGAAGAAGAGACGUGCACCCCGGCUCCUGUCGCAGCGCCAGGAGGGUGUAUGCAAUUCAGUUUGUCGCGCUUUCUUUGCUCCAGCUGGCGCCUGCUGUCCCGCCCCACCAACCUGUGGCUCAUGGUGACGUGCGUUCUGUCUUUUGUCGUGUACGGCUGUGAGCGCAAGUGUUCGUUGUCUGCACCGCACCAGGUGCUGUUGCUAAUGGGAGCCCCCUUGCUCCUGCUGCUCUCGGUUGCGGGCUUCGCGGGGCGCCACGUACAGGCCUCUAGCAGGCGGGAGGCGAUUGCAGCCACUGUGUCAAGCGCGUUCACGUGUCAUGUGCUGGACGGACGGGAGCCGGUUCUGAAGGAGGCUGCUUGGGGAGACCUCCGUGUGGGCAACAUCGUGCGCGUGUAUUGUGGGGAGUGCGUUCCGGCAGAUUUGUUGAUCCUCACAUGCGGCCAUUCAGAGUCCGCCAUCUUGGACUUGCGCAUGGUAGACGGCGCGACUAGUUUCACUAGGCGCUACUGUGUAAGAGAGACGAAAGCAGACUAUUCUCUGACGGCCCUCGCCGGGUUAAGGGGCCGGGUUGUCUGUGAAACCCCUGCUGGAGGCUCGCCGCACUUUAAGGGAACCAUACGGCUUGACGCCAGGCCCAGGGGGACGCGCAUCGUAGCAAGCAAUGUCGCCCCAAGAGGGAGCAUUCUGCGGUGGACUGAGUGGAUUGAUGGACUGGUCCUGCACGCUGCGGAGGACGUCGCUUUUUAUCAGUCUCGCAGGAGCUGCAAGGAGGGGAAUAGAGAACUCGAUUCUGCUUGCAGUAUCAUCGUGGGUGUUUUUGCCGUGACAACGUUGCUUCUCGGUGUGGCUCUCUUCUUGGUUAGAGGACUGGUCGGUACACGACAGGGCUGGACCUUUGAUAUGCCAGACUAUGAAACACAGCUUUCUCAGUGGCUUUUCCUCUUGUCAUGCGGGCCAGUGGCUCUAAGCUUCGCGCUUGAUAUCGUGAAGCUCCGGCGAAAGGAAAACCUUUCGUUCCCUCAGAGUCUAGUGAGGGGCCGAUGUGGGCGCAGCGCACGAAUAAGGCAGGCGUGGAAGCUUAGGGACCGCGGAACCGGGCAACAUGAGGAGCAGCAGAAGUGCCCUUCGUAUGACGAAGCUUGCUGCUCUGCCGCGGUGUUCGGACAGCUUAUAUCUCCGUCGGCUCUAGAUGAUCUAGCCCGGGCUGACUUUUUGUUAUUUGACAGGGGAGCGGUCGUGGAUGGAUCUACGCUGCAUCUGCGAGGGGUAUGCGCGGGUGGAGCUUGUUUUGCGAAGCGCCCUGCAAAGGAUUCAAAAUAUGAAGAUGACUUGGGAACGGAGGGCUGCCUUUGUGACGGCGCUGAGAGUGCUGGGGUGGCCCUAGACUCGUCCAGUGAUUGCCCCUGCCAGCAUAAAAGGACGAUAACUGGGAAAGCAGCGGGGAGCCAGGGUAUUGGUGACAGUUCCCUGUUGAGCCUCCACGAUUCAGGAGCCCUGGUUGUCCAUUGUGGGAGGUGCAAUGUCGAGAUGGAGGAUAUGUCCACGAUUGAGCACUACUACACCAUGCACCGUGAUGAACGAGGCAGGCUGGAAGUUCUUGCGCAGAUUGCGUCCAUUUGCCACUGCGCAACGCCCUUUUUGUCUAGGAGAACCCAAGAAGGAAGGAGGGAGGGCGUGGAUGAAGUGUCUGGGAUUAUGGAUGCAGCACGAGCACAGGUAGAGGUUGACUUCCAGUCAACACUUCCCGAGGACUCAGUUGUAUUAAAUUUCUGCGGCGCGUUGGGGUACAAGCCAGUACUCCGACGCGGGACACAGCUGCACGUUGAGAGGUCUCCAAUCCGCAUGCCGGACUGUCCGUGCCAGUCACAGCAGGCGGAACCCUCGCCAGCGCCCAGGACUCUGAGUGGAACACCGUGCAGGCCUUCCUCAGGCCCUGGGGGCCCCGCAGAGGGGAACUGCAGCUGUUGCAGAGCCACCCCACUCCAAACGCUCGUUGAGGCCGUUUUUGGUGAGAAGCUCUGCGCCGCCAAUUGCAAUCCUGUCUCUUUAGUGGAAGUCGUGGGGAGUCACGCUCCGUCGCUGCGGAGGCCGCGCCUCUCAUGUGUUGUGAAACCCAUGGGGCAUCGCUCGGGGGCCCUACUCGUUGUCAGGGGUCCAGCAGCAGAUAUCGCGAAGCUAUGCCGGGGAGGAUUGGAUGCCUUGAAGAGAAUCGAGCAGGGAACGGUAUUGCGGGGGAGGUCCCAGGGAGCUGUCUGCAAAGCCAGCAGCAGCAGCAGCAUUAGCGGAAGCGAGGCAGAGAAGGCGCCGGAGCACACCAUGGCUGGGCCCGCCGCGGAUUCAGCGGUUGAUGGGGAGGAGGAAACGGGUGACCGAGAUGCCGAGUAUGUCCGUCAGGUAUUGCUAGCGGCACAGCGAUUUUCGCUUGAGGGAUCGAGACCGUUGCUGUUUGCUGCGCGAGCCCUCUCUGCUGAGGAGUUGGCGUUGUAUAUCCAGCUGAGCGAGGAGGCGUCCAACUCGAUGUAUCGUCAAGAGGAACGGCAGGAGAGGAUCAUCAUGAGCUUCGAGACUGACUUGCAGGUAACCGGAGGAUAUUGGGGCACAUCUGCCAUAAAGAAGUGUGUAUGGGGUUUCGUAUUGUGGUUAGUGGCGGAUGUGCUGUUCUGCCGCGCGUCUGACCGUGCCGUGUGUGCGCAGCUUGUGGGGUGCGUGGCUGUGACGGAGGAGCUACAGCCUCGAGUGAGGACAACAUUGGCGAAGAUACGAGAAGUGGGAAUUCGGCAGGUGUUCCUUGUUGGUGGUGAUAAGCACGCGGCCCUCUCAACAGCCAGACUCUGCGGACUCUUGCCAUCUUUUGACUGGAGCUGUUUGAGCAGGGCUGGAGCGCCAGGCACACGCUACGUCCGUCCUUUAGGGGAGAUGAAUCAUCGUUGCACUGGGUCUAUGUCGAACAGUGGUGUGUCCGCCUCAUUUACCAGGAGUGACCACGCAUCUCAGGGUGACGACGAGGAGAGCAGCGACCCAGCCAGAGCUGCGCCGUGCCGCCGCUGCUACGACGAGAGCCAUUCUGUGAGUGUCAGGCAAACCAUUGAGGACCUCCACACGGGUGCACCUCGAAUGUUAUUUCCUGGAUGCCUUCAUGGGCUCGUGACGAACAUUUCAGCAUCUAUCUCGCACUGGGCUGUAGCAGACGCCCAAGUCUUAUUGCAGCGUUGCUUGGCCGAGCUGGCCCACUACGCGCUAAAGGACCGGCGUCGCCUUCAGAGCCCAUCUGCAUCAAUAUGGGCGUGCGAAUGUGGAACUACGGUGCCAAGACGUCGCCUUCUCAGGGUGACAAGCCGUCGGCUGUCUUCUCUUGGCGGCGAAGGAAGGCGUGUUGGUGGGAGUUUUGCGCAACGGAGUUACAGCCGGUCGAAGGGUCACUUUAGGAGGGAGAAAUGCAUGGGCGUUCACCAAGGCGAGGGUCAAAAGGAAAAUAUAGGAUCAGGCCGUCGCAUGCUUCACCAGAGGAGCGAGGUCCAAGCUAAAGAGGAAUACAACGGACUGUUUGUAUAUGCUAUCUGUCGCGCGGAUAUCAGUGUGUGCGCGGAAAUCCGCGGUCAACUUAAGCAGCAACUGGUGGCAUGCAUCAAGAGGUCUCUCAAACCCCGACCAGUUGUUAUCGCCGCUGGCAGCAGUGCAGAGGAUGCAGCAAUGAUGCAGGAAGCCACUGUAGGUGUCAUGGUGCUGUCUUCUGCGGCGCAAACGGAGGUUGCGACAAAUGAAUUUAGAUGGAUCCCCCAACCAGAGGCAGAUCAGGUGGCUUUUGGGGAGGGCGGGGAGAGGCUUCCGGUGCUUCGGCAGCUUAGUAGGACUUUCCUGGAUAGUGCAAGGAGGACAUACCACGCUUUACUGCCGCUGCUACCAGAACAUGAACCCGCAGCAGAGAGAGGGAAGUCUCUUCCCUCUCCUGGACCCGCAGAGAGCCGUCUAGCCUCGAAGGGACAUAUGGAUUCCAUAGAACUGGGGCUUACGGGUUUUACGAAGCAAGGGUCUCACCUGCAACAGCAGCAGGACAUGAUACUAGAACAGCCGCAGGCAUCACAACCGUCGAAGAAAGGCGCCGGACGUGUGGGAAGGGAUUCUGUAUCAAAAAACGUGGCUACCUUUGCCUUGGGGCACCAGGCUGUCCUUAAGGGUAUGCAAGUUGGUGCACUACGUCAUCUCACGGACUUUUUCCUCAUUGCUCUAUGCUUCGGCGUGGUGGUGCGGCCGUGGCUUGUAGCCCUCAGUGUAGGCGGUUGCGCUGCUCGUGGGCGCGUGUUAAAGAGAGUGUGGCAAAGCUUGCAGGACGCCUUUUGCCGCCGAGCCGCCGCCGCCUGCUGGGAAGAUGAAGGCUGCAUUGGUUGCGGUUGUAAACGAGAGACUGUUCGGCCACUUCUGCUUCGGACAACGACAGGAGGCGCAAACGCUUCCGCUGUAUGUUCGCGCUUGCGGAUCGGACGAAUUGAACCUACUGUGGAUCAGUGUCGCACUGUUUCCCAUCCAAGCGCCUGUGCACCUGAUAUCAGCCCUCAUCAGCAUCGAGACACCUAUCUGCUCCAGACCGCCAGAGAAGUGGUUGCAAGCCCUUACAGCUCUGUUGAUGAUUUCCGUCUCAACAGCAUGCAUUCGUCGAUGCGGCCCUGCGGCGUUGACCCGGUGGUUCAUCGUGAUAGUGCUUUGCUCUUGGAUUUCUCGAAGGCAAAGAAGUCUGAGUUAUGCCUGAGGCGUUGCUAUAGGCAGAUAGGGGCAUGCUUGGCACUCUUGCGCCCCCUUUGUAUUGUCAUAACCUUCGCUAGCCUCCCAUGGCUUCUCACUCUUAUGCAGUUUCUGCUUUUUUACGGCGGAACUAACGGCAUGAGACAGCUUCACCUUUUGCCGUAUGGCUUUCCUGCUUGGUGGCUUGUGCUACUCCCGUGCGUCGCCGCGGCAAUGCUUGUGGCAGGAGUAUUUCGGCGUGUUAACUUGCUUCUGGGCCCGGAGAAGGUUCUACUUGCCGCCGACGAUGUGUGCGCAGCAGCUCCGGUAACAUCAGUAGGGGACUCGGCUGGAAGGCGCAUCAAGCACCUUGGAAAUAGGUACCAGCGGCGUAGGCCUUGCUUUGUUUGUUUCCCUUGCGGAAAGCAGGAUAGGCAAGCAGCACCACAGAUCUGCAGGUUAUGCUGGACACUUGAGGCCGUGGACGCAUUUGUGCUAAGGGAACUAGAGAGCAACACUGAGUUUUAUGAAGUGCAGGACUGUCAGCUUGAGACGGGUUGUCUAGAGAUGAUGCAACUGGAUUGCAGUUCCGCACUCUUCCGAGGCAAUUUAAUCACCGGUGCCACAUUAUGCUCCUACCAUAGACGGCAUCAGGUACUGUUUCUCCAGAGGGUGGUGGCUCGACUGCCUGCUCCUUUCUUUUUCUCGUUGCUCAACGGCGAGGCUGUGCGCCACUCUGUCUCGUUGCAUCCUGGUGGGAAGCCUCUCGUUCGUCCGUCGAGGACUCUUGCAAUCGCGUCGGAGAGCGCGGUCUUGAAUCCGCCUUCAUGGGAGGUUCGACGACAGUUGGGGACCUCAGCAGGGGGUCUUCUUGUCGGUAUGGGAACGGCAGCAGACAGCGGCGACGAGCGGAAUCUACGGAGGGGCAUGACUGACACAACUAGCAUGUUUUCAGAGAGCAACGUGGUAGUGGAAGAUGACUGGUCCAGUGAAAGCUUCUUUGGAUCUGAAAGUGACUUCGAGGCAUUCACACCGUCUGCACCUGCCGUUGUGUGCGACGAAGCCGCCACAGAACAACGAGCAAAUGAUGCGCUGAAGGGCCUAACGCUGACAUUCCGCGAUCCGUACUUGGAGGCGGACUAUCAGUCCGCGCGUCAAAGGGAGUUGCGUCGAUCAAUACUUGUCUUCCGAAGCACAAUGGUCGUACUGCUUGUGUUGUGGCUCAUUUUCAACUUUGUGACAGUUGCUUUCCACAAGAGCAUAAGGGCUCUCAAAGGUCGCGGCGAUCUGAUUUUGUCGUUUCUACCCUUAGCACCCGCUGUUGGACUCCUGCUUUGUUCCUUUCGGCGUUCAUUUGCCAGUAGGUUCGACUUUUUUGUCGGAUCCGCAGCAGUCCUCUACGUGCUCCUGCAAAAUAUAGUUGAUUACAGACUGUCAGCGGAGGGAAUGGACACCAGCCUGUCUGUUAUCCUCGUCGUUGCCGUUAUGCUGCGGCUACCUUUUAAGGUGGCAACGGGACUGAACUUGUUUUACGUACUUUCCAGCACAGAAUACAAUCAACGGAAGCGUUUCCUUCUUGACACUCAGGCAAGUUUGUCUACUCAUGCGCCACCGCUUCGGGGGUUGGAAAGGGCGGGAUAUGGCUGGAAGGUGUGCUCCAGCAGGUACCGUGGGGCCGUCCGUGUUGGGCUACAGAGUUCCUAUGUGCUUUAUGUGGAUUUGGUGGGGCAAAGGCCGAUGAACAUGCCCAAUGCAAUACCUUACUACUUGUGCUCCCCGCCUCUUUUUCUGUCGGUUCUCUUCUGUGACGUCGCGGACUUCCAUAACCUUGUCUGCGCCUUUUCGUUGCCACAGGAUCUCGUGAAGCUUCUGGACGCUCUCUUCUUGUGUUUUGACAAGCUGAGCGAGCAGUUCCAGCUUGUGAAGAUCGAGACUGUUUUUGAGACAUACCUUGCUGCCGCCGGUCUGAAUGAUCCGGUUUUAGCUGACGAUGCAGCGGGACAAAUGGACGACGAGAGGGAUUCUUUCAGCGAGCGAGACCUCCUCAAAGUCCAACAGGGAGCGUUCAGUGCUGUAGAGACAGCCUUGGCAAUGCUCCAGGUGACGAUGUACAUUACGUAUGAUUCGGCUGAGCCGCCACUCAGGGGACCGUUAGAGGGGCAGAGCCAAUUUAGCAGUCCUAGGGAUAACGACGUACCACACGGAGCGAAUGACUCCAAUGGACAGCGGCAAACACGCCGUUUAAGAGUGAAGAUUGGCAUUCAUAGUGGGAACGUAAUCAGGUUUGCUAACGAUGCGUAUCUCGUAGGUGUGGCUGACGGAAUUCACAUAAGCGGAGCAACGCACAGAUUCGUAGCUCAUGACCAGCAAUUCAAGUGGAGGGAAAUGAUUGUCGACGUCAAAGGCAAAGGCCCCAUGCAGACUUACCUGCUCGACCAUGUGGUUGGCAUGCGUACUCCUCUGGAUGAGGCCACGGCCCGUGUUCCGGACUCCGGGGGACACGGUAGGAAUCUUUCCGCUGGGAGCGGCAGUUUGCUCUUUGCUCAAGAGAGUGAGGAUGUCUCGUCAUACUUCCAUGGUGUGUCUCAGUGGCCUCGGCAGCAUCGGAGUCGCCACUGGCAGGACCCCACCAUUACAGCUACGAAGUCAAACAGCGUCUAUCCAGAGUCCGCCUGCCAGAGACUUUCCGAUCGCCCUGAUAGCUACAGCCCAGGUGUCGGGACUUCCCGAGGGGUUCCAGUUGUAGAUGAACCGUUUCAUUGCGCUGGGUGUCAAAGCGCGAGCCUCGUCAGCGAGUCUUCGCUUGACUGCGCUGCGAACCGACCUUGGUGCGCUCGGCAUCAGUCGUCCAGUUCUUUAGACGCGUUAGGCGGUGGCGUGGUCGCAGACAUUUGCGGACGGAAUGAUUGCGACAGCAACACAGACUGUGUCUCACUCGCAAAGGAGUCACUCCCUUUGGACAGGCGGUCCACGCUAUCGAAUGAACGAUCUUCACGGUGGCGCGGCGCUGAACGGAUGCAACGCAUCACAAAUGCAGUGGCUUCCGUGUUCAGUCCAGGGCAGUUCGGGUCAAGCAGCCGGCGCCGACGGAGUGGUAGUCAGGUGCGACCAUCGAACCGGAAUCGCAGCCGAAGUGCUUCGUCCUCGGCAGAUAAUCCUUGGAGAAGGGCUGGUACGGGCGGUGCUGGACGUACAGACUUUGAAGAGCCACUUUGCAGGCUUGCAAAUGGAGGGGAUGACGAUAUGGGGCGCCUACACCUGUCUUCGCGGUUAACCAGGGCGUUUGGAUUGAACGCGCGCACCGAUAUGGUGCGACUCAGGUUCUGUUCGAGUGACAUGGAAGAUAGCUAUAAGCACAGCUUCUACUCUGACAAAGCACAUAUAAACGCGAUUGAGCAGGCCAUCAUCAUCUUCUUGGUGGCAUUCGUCCAUGAGUCAAUCGCCUUUUUGUCUAUGGAUCGUCUUUCACCUGCCACCUGCGAGCUGUUUCAAACUCAACGCAUGCUUGUGUGGAGCACCAGAUCUUUCGUCGCUGCUACAGUCCUCUUGUUGUGGCUACUCAUUCACUACAGACAAAGGGCGAGCAUAUCGUGGAUGGGAAUACGCUGGUUAAUAUUUUGGCUGAAUCUGCUAUUUCUUUUCGCUGCUCUGGCGUUUGUACUGACAAAUUCAAGGGAUCCAGGGAAGAAAGUUGCCUCUGAGUGGCACACUGCCGACACGGUGGAGCUCUCCUUUUUCCUGACAUUAAUUCACCACAACACUGGCCUUUUGUUCCAGCAUAUUAUCUUUGUGGACGCCCUUUUGAUCACUGCGAGCGUGAGCAGUGCCAUGCUGGUAUCUCAGCCGACAACGGAGCGCCUUCGCGGCAUGCUGAUAGUGUGCUUGCUCCUGGUGGUGAAUCUGAUUUCUUGCUAUGUUCGAGAACACGACGACCGGCAGACGUACAUCGUGAACCAGGAGGCGAGCGCAUUGGAACGACGCAGCUUAGAACUGCUGAAUGACAUGCUUCCAAAAGAGCUGCUUACCGAGUUCCAGAAUGACAACCUGAGGCUUGCAUACUCGCACGAAUCCCUUGCAUUUCUCUUCGCAGACAUCUGCGGGUUUACUGCCUGGUCCAGGAGUGUUAGUGCGGAGCAGGUGCUUUCCUUGCUACAAAGUCUGUUUACUCGUUUUGAUAGAGACACCAUCAUGCUAAAUCUGUACAAGCUUUGCACAAUAGGGGACGCGUAUGUAGCGGUCUCAGGCUUGCAUAUCGAUUCUCCAGCACAGGAGCCAUUUUCAAAGCACCCUGACGCCUUCACUGGGCGUAACAUUGCUGCCGGUUCCGGGGGACAAACAGAUGAGUUUUCUAGUUCUCAUUGGCAUUCACAGUGGGAGGGUGUCUGUGGAGGCGACACGGGGUGCUGUCGAGAGCGCCAGGAAACGGAUAAAGCAUGUAGAAUUCUUUGUAUGGCAAGGCAGAUGCUAGAGCAUGUGCAGGCGGUUAGGGAAGAAAUGCAGGUGCCUGGUCUGAACAUGCGCAUUGGAUUGCACGUGGGCUCUUGCGUUGGAGGAGUAAUUGGCAGCAGACGCCUUCGUUAUGAUCUGUGGGGUCUAGACGUUCUUGUGGGGAAUGAUAUAGAGAGCAAUGGUGUUCCAGGUCAAAUUUGCUGUUCUAAAGAAUUCAAGAUUUCCUUUCAAAGGGAGGAGCACAGUGAACCUCGUUGCUUCGAGUAA